GAUAACAAAGCAUCAAGACCAAGUCUUCAGCGUAUCUGGCAAGGAAAAAAUCAUAUUGGACGGACCUUUUACAUCUCAGUUAUGGAGCUAACACCAACUCAACGAAAAAACUUGGUCCCUUUAGUUCUGUUUUUGGCCAAUUUAGUUUAUCUUUACCUGGGGGGGCUCAUCUUUGAAUCUAUAGAGUACGAACCGAAAACAAAAUACACAACCACAGACGAUGCGAGCUUGUUUUUGCAAACUUUGAAGGAAACAUCACUCGGGAAGAGAAUGCUACCGCCGGAUUUUGACAGUAACAAAGUUGUUAAAGGCUUACAAAAAGACUCAUUGAGGAAUCUCAACGAUAGAUUUGAGAAAAUUCGAGACGAAAGGAUUAUUGCUUCUAGACCGCGCUGGAGUUUUUCGAAUUCGCUCUUCUUCGCUACAACUGUAGUCACCACAAUCGGCUAUGGUAACCUGGCCCCCACCUCAUUGGGCGGUCGCAUGUUCUGUAUUGUGUACGCUCUCAUUGGAAUACCGCUGACCCUAAUGCUGUUAGCCGUGGUGGGAAAUCACAUCGUACACUAUCUAAACAACGCAUGUGCCUGGCUAGUAAACCGCAUUCGUGCAUACCAUAGUAACUAUGAGUUCGAGUCUGCAGAUACACAGAUCAACGCACCUGUCUGGAUUGCACUACCAAUCAUUUUCGUAUUUUUAGCGAUCAUGUCUUCGAUGUAUUGCGCUCUGGAGGGAUGGGACUUUGGAACGGCGCUGUAUUUCAUUUUCAUUACGUUUACGACCAUUGGAUUUGGAGAUAUUGUGCCUCGAUCCCAAGCGCUUGCAUUGAUAUUUCAGGGUAUCUGGAUAAACCUGAUGCUCCUCUACAUCGGAUUGUCGAUCGUCUCCAUAACCAUCAACCUCUGCGCGCAGAGCCUCAUGGCUCAGCUGAAAAAGACUGGUCUCCACACGAAGAUCCUACAACUCUUCUCAGCGCAAGGGGACUCGGCCGAGAGCAACAACGCUCGUACGCAACAGAGAGAAACCGCUAGUAAGGAUGAUCGCAAAUCCAGUAGGAGAAGAGGGAAAAACAGAGAGAGGAUAGCAAUGUCAGAUCUCGAGGCUCGGUCUGAUGGCGAUAGGUCUGUUCCUGACUUUGAAGAUGAGAAACAUUCUACAAGGCUGAAGAUAAAUCGAGAGGUCGAUAGCAAACAUUACGGAACCCUGCAAGAGUAGAAAAUUCGGGAUUUGUUCCACAAAGCUUACAGGCUGGAAAAUGUCACUGUCUAGCGAGAAAUGAAAAGAAAACAAUAAUAGAAAUUUAAUUCUAGCACAUCACAAGUGCAACUGAAAGUAGUCAUUUACUGUAUUACGACUACUAUUGCCGCAUAAGGAACAACAGAGCAAACAAUUAUGAUCAGAGAAAAAAAAUUGAGUUUGUAAGCAUACUUAGCAUGCGGUUGGAUCGAUACAAAUAAACAAGG